GGCGCUACCUGGUCUGCCAGCGGCAUGGACGUGCGGGCCUCCGAAGGCUAUUUCUUGGGCGACGUGGGUUUUUGGUUGGAGCGGACCCCUGUGCAUGAGGCAGCCCAGCGGGGGGAGACGUUGCAGCUACAGCACCUGAUAGAGAGUGGCGCCUGCGUCAACCAGGUCACGGUGGACUCCAUCACGCCCCUGCAUGCGGCCAGUCUGCAAGGCCAGGCGCAGUGCGUGCAGCUGCUGCUGGCCGCCGGGGCCCGGGUGGAGGCCCGCAACAUCGAUGGCAGCACCCCUCUCUGUGACGCCUGUGCCUCCGGCAGCGUGGAGUGUGUGAAGCUGUUGCUUUCCCACGGAGCCAAGGUCAACCCACCCUUGUACACAGCUUCCCCGCUGCACGAGGCCUGCAUGAGUGGAAGUUCUGAAUGCGUGCGGCUUCUUAUUGAUGUUGGGGCCAACCUUGAAGCACACGAUUGCCACUUUGGGACUCCUCUGCAUGUUGCCUGUGCGAGGGAGCACCUGGACUGUGCUAAGGUGCUGCUCAAGGCAGAACCUUUUAUCUUUAAAGAAUACGCCUUCUUCACCCGCUCAGUGCUCUCGCGAGGGUGA